AUGAGCCCCGCGGUUUCCCCUUCAAGCAAGAAACACGCAUCACCACCGAAGCCGUCUGGAAAGCAGGGCGUCUUCCGUUCUCAUCCUCGUGGCGGCUCACAACUAUCCUCAUUUUCCUCGCCGCCGUCUCCCUCACCAGCGAUGACUGUGGGUGACAUGCACGGUGCCGUCGCCCCACCCCGCACCUCAUGCACCACAGAGGAGAAGGAGAGAAGUCUUCUGCGCUACUUUAGCCGUGGUCGCUGUCUUUACGACACGGUUCCACUGCAGAGCGCGUCCUUUGCCCUCCAGCGCGCGUCUUGCACGCAGGCGCAGCGUGUCCCGCUCGUCACCCUCUUUCCUGCCCCGUCCCCAUCCGAAUCAGCAGCAUCGCUUUCGACGUCGGCUGCAGCAUGCCCCACCGCAGAGUCUCCCGGUCUUAUCGGUGUCCAGUCUUCUGCGUCACGCCCGGUAGGCAAGUCCGUCACAACGGCGGAAGGGCCCGCGCCCGUAGCACCGCCGACCGCGUCGUCCCCGCUGUCGUGCAACCUAUCAUCCGAUCUUUUCUCGAGCUAUGAGCUGCAAGAAGGACAGCACUCGGACCGGUUGCAGUUCCGCCUUCUCAGCGCCCGCUUUUCGAGCGCGUCCGACUCGAACAAGUUCUUUGGCGCGGCAGAGAUGCCGCUGCGGGACGUGUGCGCUGACAUGGCAGAGAUUUGGGACACAAUGUGCACGACGUGGGAGGAUGCCAUGCGGGCCUGGAGCGGCCCCCCAUGCAGCGGGGCAGCGGGCUUCUCCAGGCGCCACUCUGCCUGUUUUUUGGUUUGCUACGUACAAACGCAGCAGAAGGUUGCCGUUGGCAUGUCCGUGCAGCGCAUCGCGGCGCAGGUAUGCGAGCUGGCUCGCGCCAACUACGCGCCGCAGCUGUUCCGGGUUGUUCCCAUUUUCAUUGGUUUGCGGGCACAGGUGACGUUGUGCAUGGACGCGACUGCGUGUAGUUCACUAGCGGCGGAUGUGGCGCCAAUGGUCGACGCUCGAAGAACUGAAACGGUCACCUACGCAACGGGGGGCUUGUACACCUUGGCAGAGACGGUGCAGUGCAUCACGCGCUUGGGCCCUCACGCCCUUGAUCCGCGGGGAUCUUCUGACGCCUCGCCGCAUGUAGGGUCCUCGCGUGCUGCUCCAGAGUUGCUGUGCACGUUGGAACCGCAGGUCUUCCUGUUGUCGGACAGCUGGCUGCACGUGCGCAGCGUCGCCGACCUCUACGGCGACGAUUCUUUGAGCAACUCCGCAUCUGACAGUCGAUCGGCGUCUGCAGCAGCACCUCCAGCUUCUGAGCAGGGGCAGAAUCGCCACGCCCGUAGGGCGACGUCGUUUGUGCCGGAGUCGACACGGCGCAACGUGCACGUUGUCCCCGCUGUGGUAGCGGAUCGCCUGAGUCGGAUAGAGGAGCGCGCCAUCGCCCGCUACAUCUGGUGCAACAUGCAGCGUCGAGUCAGUGACCGCCGCACCGCCGAGACUUUGCAACCGCUCCACCCAUCCUCUUUCGCUAAGCCCCUGUGA